GACGGCUUGGAGUCACAUUCUCCUAAUUUUCGAAGAAACGAACAGGUUUUCUCCUUCUCUCUCACUCCCGACUCCGAUGUACUCUCCUACAUAGGCCCCAGUUUUCUUGCGCGUUUCUUCUCUCAGUUGCGGUAUUUCUUACUGGAUCUCGAUCCUGCUGGAAUCCCCACUUAUUUUCCGAUCUGAACAGUCAGGUUAUUGUGAAAGAUUAAUUUUUUGUCCGGUGGUGUGUCGGUGUUCCGGCUACUUUUCCGUCGAUUCUUUCCCGAUCUCAGAUUCUACGCUCGAGCGGCGACGUGUUUUAGCGUUUAAUUGAAGGUCAACAUCGAGUACAGCGCGGGUUUUGGUUCUGGUUCCAAGCUUCCAUAUUAGGGUUUCGCGCUUUGUAAUUGCUGCCUCUUUUGUGUUAUUUGUACUUUGUCGUCAUGCCGCGGAGUUCUCGACACAAAUCUCACAAGCAACAUAAGCACAGUUCUAAGGAUGAUAGGGAAUACUCGGACUCUGAAGAAGAUGGGAAUUUGAAAAAUAGGAAGGGUAAGGAAGAAGUUGCUGUUAGGGCUUCUAGGGAUUCAGCAUCUGGUGAGAAACGGAAACUUGCUUCCCAGUCUCAUGAUGGCAAAGAUCUGUUUGGUCCUGGUAAUGGUGAUUUAUCAGACGAGUAUGUCUCUUCGAAGAAACGAAAAGAUAGGGUCGAUGCAACUGCCACUGAUCGGUGGAAUGGUGGCGGGGACCAGCGCGUAGCAAGUGUAGUUGGGGAUAAAGAGACGAAUGGGGAUAGUUUUCGGCAGGAGUCAGAGAAAGGCCCAAAGUCAAAGGUUGCAGUUGAUUCAAAGAGUAAGUCUAGUAGAAGGGAUGACAGUUUAAUGGAUAGGAAGGACGAAAAGGUGGGUAUAGCAGCGGAAGGUGAGGAAGUGAAAAAGAAUAUCAAUAAGGUCGAGUCAAAGCGCAAAUCUGAAAAGGAUUCUGGUCGGAAAGAGGUCUAUCAGUACAAGGACGUGAAGGAGGAACGAGAGCCAGAGAAAGACAGAAAGGUUCAAGAUGGUAGACGUGAGAAAUCAAUUGACACCGUGGUACUGAGUGAAGUAAGUAAGAAGCAAGGAUCUCAUUCAGGUAGUUUUGAAGAAGACCGCCCAGUGAAGCGAGAAGUAGAAAAUACUGAGUGGCAAAUACAAGAUGAACUCCGGAACCCUGAACUGGAGAAAGAACUUGAGAAACGGAUCAGGCGGAGGAGAGACAGCUCUGGUGACAGGGAUAAAUAUCAGGAUGAUGCAAGGGAUGGUAAUGAUAGAGGAUUAUCCUCCAGAGACGAUAGUGCCAAGAAUGGGAGAUAUAAAGAGGAAAGGCAUAAAGAUGGGAGGUAUAGAGAUAAAUACAGAGAGGAUCCAGAUAGGGAUCGCAGGCACCGAGAUGAAAAGCACAAAGAUGAGCGUUCCAUCAGAGAUCACACUAAUGACAGGCCUGACACUAAGCAUUUGAAGGAUGACAGUGAUCGUCAUAAGAAAUCUAAGCCUCAUGACAGCGAUCGUGAUGGCAGUCCCCACCUUGAUGAUCGGGGAUCUAGGUAUAAAGAUAACAGGGGGAAGAAGAGAUCUUGUGAUGAGAAUGAGGACCAUAUUGAUGUUAAAUCUCGUAGUUCCAAAGAGCACCGUUCUGAUGUGGAAAAGAAAUCAAGCAGUAGUAAAGUAGAGUCAAAUGCUGAUAGGGGAAGGUCUCAAUCACACCAUGUUGAUGUUGACUCCCCUGUAGUCAAUAACAGACGGAAGAGCUCCCCAAGCUCCAGUAGUCAUGUUGCUAAAGAUCAAUUUAGGAAUAGCUCUAAACAAGCAGAUUCAAGGUAUAGAGAGACUGUCUCUGAAGAAAAAAUCCGGUCAAAUGUUGCAACUUCCACAAGAGAUGUUAGUGGUGGCUCUGCUGUCCUGGAAAGAACUUUUGACGCUCGGUCCUUGGACAAGAAAGAUGACAACCAUUUGGGUGAGUCAUUUAGUGAGAAGUCCCCAAGAUCAGAUUACCAGGUCUCACCUAUGCUCUUAAUGGAGAAAUCUCCGUCAUCGACAAGUAUUGACCGUAGAUACUCGAACAGAGCGGGUGCAAGGAGGAGCCUUGAUGUCGAAGAUACUGGACGUAGGAGCAGUGGUUCCAGGGAUGUAAAGGAUUAUUCCACUAAUGAAGAAAGGGGGAGCCGUGAGUUGCCCUUGGAGAAGCCAACAGUUGAUGAGUAUUCUCAAAUAGAAGGAGAUACAGUAUCUGUUACUUCAUCCUUCAAUAGAACCAAUCACUUGCCCAGCACCUCACCAUCUAUUCGUCCUCCGGCACCUCCCGUCAGGGCUGGGGUUGACAGCCCUGCAGUUUUGGGCCCAACUGAAGAAGACAAUCGAGGUAAAUCUACUAACCGCUUCAAGAGGAGUGGUGAACCCAGUGUGAGCCGAGGGCAGGGAAAUGCUUGGAAGGGUGUCACAAAUUGGUCUUCACCGGUAGCAAACGGCUACAUUUCUUUCCCACAUGGUCCGCCUCCUGGAGGUUUUCAUCCAGUUAUGCAGCAGUUUCCUGCUUCACCUAUAUUUGGUGUUAGACCUUCUCUGGAAUUGAACCAUGCGGGGCUUCCAUACCAUAUCUCUGAUGCUGACAGGUUUUCUGGUCAUGGACGCCCAUUUGGGUGGCGGAAUCCAGCUGAUGACUCUUUUCCACCUCAUAUGCAUGGAUGGGAUGCAGGUAAUGGUGUCUUUGGGGAUGAUCAUCAUAUGUAUGGCAGACCAGAUUGGGAUCAGAACAGACACCUGAUGAAUGGUGGUGCAGACAUGUGGAAGGGGCAAAAUGGUAGCAUGAAUGUGGAGUUGUCCAAUGCAUCCCAGAAAGAGGUUUAUCUCCCACAUGCCCCAGCAGAAGAAAUUUGGGCUGAACAGCCAGGCCAGCGGUCUCGAAAUGAGCGGAACCGUCCAGGUCCUCGUGCAGAAAGCAUUGAGAUAAAGAGAACCAGCAGCACUCCUCCACCAAAGGAUAUUAUUGAAGCUCCUCUGAAAACUAUUAAUGAGAAGACAACAAAGCCUAGUAAAAUAUCAAGUGAUGAUGGUACUCGUUUUUGCCAUGUUUAUCUUGCAAAGUUGGACAUCUCUGCAGAUCUUACUCUUCCAGAUUUGUAUGACCAGUGUAUGGGCUUAUUGGAUGUUGAAGGGAAGAGUACUACUGAUAGUGAGGAUGCUACCAAACAUGUGCAUACAGAUCCCAAGGUGGGUGUGGGAGUGAAUAUCUCUAGUGCCACCUUGAGUGUGUCACUUUUCCCUGCAGUAAAGGAUUCUGUUUUUCAGAGAGCCAUGGCCCUCUACAAGAAGGAGAAUGAAGAGAUGAGAGCCAAAGUAAAUGCCUUGUAUCCUGAAUCAGAACCGCCAAAGGUGAUGACCGACUUCCGUGAAGGAGUGGAACAUUUAAUUUCCAACAAUGAGGUGGUGGAAGGUCCUAUUUCAGCUUCUAAUCAGGAGGAACUGAAGGGGCCACUUCCAACCUCCAAAGAAGGGGAAGCGAAGGAUUCAUUUCCAGUUUCUGAACCAGGGAAGGUUGAGGAGCCAGUUCCAACUUCCGAUGAGGAGAAAUUGACUGAGGUGGAGGUUUCAGUUUCAGCUCCUAGUAACGAGAAGGGAGAGGAGCCAGUACCAACUCCUGGUGAGGGUAAAUCAGAAGAAGAGUUUCCAAAAUCUGACCAUGACAAAGUGGAGAUGCUUGCUAGUAUUCGUCAGGAGGAAUCAGAGGAAGCAGCUGGGGAUCACUUAUCUUCCCUCGAAAAUGCUUUACAGGUUACCAGGGACGCUUGCGUAACCAAUUUACAUUGCCUCGACGAUGACAUGGAUGAUGCUAGUAGUUUGAAAGUCAACCCUCUUGCCAAUAGUGCCGAGAAAAGCCCGGCUUUUGGUGAUAUUAUGUGUGGUCCUAUAGGUUUUUCUGACAGUUCUGAGGCAUGUGAGGCUUUGAUGCCGGAGUCAAUUGAGUGUGGGUUGUGUUUGUCUGCUUCACCCACCUGUCUUUUGUUGUUGAUCUUUGUUUUGACGGAGGAGACAGGAAGGAUGGGAUCCCUUGAAGGAUUCACCAACCCCCUUUUUGAAACUGACACCCCUGUGCCUCCUAGGGAAGUCAGGAGUGCUUGGCGGAAACUAGGUUUGUGA